AUGGGGCUGGUACUACUUGGGCUUGGGGAGUUUUGUUUUUCCCUGUCCUGUCAAUUUAUUAUUCUUUUGAAGAUUCUUCAUUGCCAAGCCGCCAAAGUGGAGAGUGCGAUUGCAGAAGGGGGUGCUUCUCGUUUCAGUGCUUCUUCAGGCGGAGGAGGAGGUAGGGGUGCGCUUCAGCACUAUCCCAAGACUGCCGGCAACAGCGAGUUCCUGGGGAAAACCCCAGGGCAAAACGCUCAGAAAUGGAUUCCUUCACGAAGCACUAGACGAGAUGACGACUCCGCAAAUGACAAAGAACGACAUGAUGCAAUCUUCAGGAAAGUAAGAGGCAUACUAAAUAAGCUUACUCCUGAAAAGUUUGACAAACUAUGCCUUGAGCUCCUCAAUGUGGGUGUAGAGUCUAAGCUCAUCCUAAAGGGGAUCAUACUGCUGAUCGUAGACAAAGCCCUUGAAGAGCCAAAGUAUAGCUCGCUAUAUGCUCAACUAUGUCUGCGACUGGCAGAAGAUGCACCCAACUUUGAUGGCCCAUCCACAGAGAGUCAUUCAGGACAGAAGCAAAGCACAACAUUCAGACGCCUCUUAAUUUCUAAACUUCAAGAUGAAUUUGAAAACAGAACCAGAAAUGUUGAUAUCUAUGAUAAGCAAGAUGGCCCCCUCCUCCCAGAGGAGGAGGAACAGAGAGCUAUUGCUAAGAUCAAGAUGCUGGGAAACAUCAAAUUCAUUGGAGAACUUGGCAAACUUGAUCUUAUUCAUGAAUCUAUCCUUCAUAAGUGCAUCAAAACACUUUUGGAAAAGAAGAAGAGAGUCCAACUCAAGGAUAUGGGGGAGGAUUUGGAGUGCCUCUGUCAGAUAAUGAGGACAGUAGGACCUAGACUAGACCAUGCAAAAGCCAAGUCCUUAAUGGAUCAGUACUUUGCCCGUAUGCGCUCCUUGAUGAUGUGUAAGGAAUUGCCGGCAAGGAUUCGUUUCCUGCUGCAGGAUACUGUGGAGUUGAGAGAACACAAUUGGAUUCCUCGUAAAGCUUUUCUUGACAAUGGACCAAAGACUAUCAAUCAAAUCCGUCAAGAUGCUGUGAAAGAUCUGGGAGUUUUUAUUCCUCCUCCUUUGUCUCAAGGAAUGAGAAGUGACUUCUUUCUGGAGGGAUCGUUUAUGUCACCCAGGAUGAAACUUGACAGGGAUCCACUUGGUGGGCUUGCUGAUAUGUUUGGACAAAUGCCUGGUAGUGGAAUUGGUACUGGUCCGGGAGUUAUUCAAGACAGAUUUUCACCUACCAUGGGGCGACAUCGGUCAAAUCAACUUUUCAAUGGCCAUGGGGGACACCUCAUGGCUCCUGUUCAAUCCCACUUUGGAGAGCUAGGCAAAUCCUUCUUGAAAAGUCCAGGACAAAGCCAACUAUACCAUAAUCAAAAUCAGGGACUUCUGUCUCAACAAGGACAGUCUAAGGAUAUGCCUCCACGGUUUUCUAAGAAGGGACAGCUUAAUGCAGAUGAGAUUAGUCUCAGACCUGCUCAGUGUUUUGUAGUAAACAAAAACCAAGUGCCAAAGCUUCAGCCCCAGAUAACUAUGAUUCCUCCCAGUGCACAGCCACAACGUACUCAGACACCACCUCUGGGACAGCCACCUCAACUUGGUCUCAAAACAAAUCCGCCACUUAUUCAGGAGAAGCCUGCAAAGACAAGUAAAAAGCCACCACCUUCUAAGGAAGAGCUGCUCAAGUUAACAGAAACUGUUGUGACUGAAUAUUUGAACAAUGGAAAUGCCAAUGAUGCUGUCAACAGUGUGAGAGAAAUGAGGGCACCAAAACAUUUUCUUUCUGAGAUGCUGAGCAAAAUAAUACUUCAGUCACUAGAUCGAUCAGAUGAAGAUAAAGAAAAAGCAAGUGCAUUGAUCAAUUUACUUAAACAGGAAGGGAUAGCUACUAGUGACAACUUCAUGCAGGCAUUCCUAAAUGUAUUGGACCAGUGCCCUAAACUAGAGGUGGACAUCCCUCUGGUAAAAUCCUAUCUAGCACAGUUUGCAGCUCGGGCCAUAAUUUCAGAACUCGUGAGCAUCUCUGAACUAGCACAACCAUUGGAAAGUGGCACCCAUUUUCCCCUCUUCCUACUUUGCCUUCAGCAGUUAGCCAAGUUGCAGGAUCGAGAAUGGCUAACCGAGCUUUUCCAACAGAGCAAAGUGAACAUGCAAAAGAUGCUUCCAGAGAUUGACCAGAAUAAGGAUCGUAUGCUGGAGAUAUUGGAAGGGAAAGGACUUAGCUUCUUGUUUCCACUUCUGAAACUGGAAAAGGAGCUACUAAAGCAAAUUAAGUUGGACCCAUCCCCUCAAGCAAGCUAUAAAUGGAUUAAAGACAACAUUUCACCAAAACUACAUGUAGAUAAGGGAUUUGUUAAUAUUUUGAUGACCAGUUUCUUGCAGUAUAUUUCUAGUGAAGUAAAUCCACCUAAUGAUGAACCAGAUUCUUCAUCUGCUCCUUCUAAAGAACAGUUGGAGCAAGAAAAACAGCUGCUUCUUUCCUUUAAGCCAGUUAUGCAGAAAUUCCUUCAUGACCAUGUUGAUCUACAAGUGAGUGCCCUGUAUGCACUCCAAGUGCACUGCUACAACAACAAUUUUCCAAAAGGCAUGUUACUGCGCUUCUUUGUGCAUUUCUAUGAUAUGGAAAUCAUUGAAGAAGAAGCUUUUCUGGCAUGGAAAGAAGAUAUUACUCAAGAGUUUCCAGGGAAAGGCAAAGCUUUGUUCCAGGUAAACCAGUGGUUGACCUGGCUGGAAACAGCAGAGGAAGAAGAAUCUGAAGAAGAUGCUGAUUAAACCAGCCAAAGCCUUAAAUUGUGCAAACAUACUGUUGCUAUGAUGUAACUGCAUUUGACCUAACCACUGCGAAAACUCAUUCCGCUGUAAUGUUUUCACAAUAUUUAAAGCAGUAGCGGGUCAGUAGGACUUGUUUCUGCAUAAGGGUUUUUGUAGUAUGUCUUAAUCAUAGUCUACCAUAAAAAUAUUUUAGAAUAUCUUUAAUGUUUAGAUAACAGUGUAUUAGCAGCAUGCAAUAAUUACAUCAUAAGUUCAGAAACAGUCUGUGUAAGGAUCUUCUUUGAUGCCAGUUACCAUAGGCUGUUCGUUAGAAAUCUGAAUAGCAACACUGAAUACUGUAGAAAUGCACUUUGCUCAGUGUAAUACUUGAGUUGUUGCAAUAUUUGAUUAUCCAUUUGGUUGUUACAGAGAAUCCUUAACUGUAAUUGAUGGUGGUUGCCGUAAUAGUAUAUUGCCUGUAUUUCUACCUCUAGUAAUGGGCUUUAUGUGCUAGAUUUUAAUAUCCUUGAGCCUGGGCAAGUGCACAAGUCUUUUAAAAAGAAACAUGGUUUACUUGCACAAAAAUGAUCAGUUUGAAGAGGUGGAUAGAUGCCCUUGGAAGUGGUCUUUGUGGGUAUGAAAUAAAAUGGUGAGAAACUGAAUUGGUCCCUAUUAUAGUAUUGGAAUUAAGUCUACUUAAUUUAUCAAGACAUGUUCAUGCCCUGAUUUUAUAUACUUGUAUCUAUCAAUAAACAUUGUGAUACUUGAAUGUUUGUUGAAAUGGCUACUUUUUAUAUAUUUUUGGAAAAUAGAUUCUGAAGCAGGAAAUAUGUGACUUUCCCUCAGUCCCAUUUAAUUAGAUAUAUCCUGUAUGGUAAAAUUUCUGGAGAGGGCAGCCCUGUUUCAUUAUUUCCCAGUUGUAAAUUACAAACGUUUGUCAUUGAUUCAUAUGUCAGAAUCAUGAUACUGUUUGAGGUCCGUGUAAUACUAAGAACUCUUGUGAAAAUGCUUGAUAUUUUUUGAGUUCUUUGUGCCGUCUUCUACACCAGGGAAGACAACUGAAAGAGCCAAGUGUCAAAAAGGUAAAUUGGUAAGAUUAGUGGUUUCCUAUUGUCCUAAAAAUGUAUUUUUUAAAUAUUCCCAGAAAUUCUGGUCAUUCAAGUUCAAUACAUCUGGAAAAAAGGCUGCACAUUCGGCAUUACAAUUCUUCAAUCAUGAUUUUAUGAAUUGUAAGCCUCAGACAGCAAUAUUAACAUUGCACUCUUUCCAAAAUGUAAACAUGGCAUCUGAAGAAUUAGGUUGAAAUCCUAAAUAGCUUGCUAUUUUCAGAUCUAAAUAGUUAAAAUUCAAUGCCAUAUUGUCUUGUUUGCAUUUAUGUUACCUUAAAAGUAUUGUGUUCUCUUUACAUAUGUUUCAACAUUUGAAAGAUUAAUAGAGAGCAUUGGUUACGCUGCUCAGAAAAAUUACAAAAGAAAGGGGUGCUAUGGAGUGGGGGGGGGGACAAAGUAAAGUUAUAUAAUCUUCCUAAAAUUUAGGAAUCUUGCCUCAUAGGUCCAGAAUUUGCCAUCACUGGAAUCAACAGUUAGUGCCAAAAUAAAACUACAUAAAUUAUGUAUUUAAAAUUGUCUUUAAGUAUUAGCCUUGGUUGAUUUAAAUGUAUUCUUAGCUAUUGUCAGUCUCCAUUUGACUGUCUAUGGACAAAUGCUGUAUAAUCCCAGUAUAUUUUAUUGAAUAUAAUUACUUCCAGUGGUGGGAUUCAAAUAUGCGAACAACCGGUUCUCUGUGGAUGCCACUUCCAGAAGUCCGUUCUGGGCUUGGGCAACAAAAAAUUAGCUACCGGUUCUGCCAAAGUGGUGCAAACUAGCUGAAUCCCACCACUGAUUACUUCCCUAUGCUGCCUGUCAUAAACCACUUUGCCAACUAUUGAAUGCUUGAUUAGAUCUAUCCUCCCUUCAAAAAAACAAAAACCAGGAUAGAUAUCAACAGGAUUUUCCAGAGUCCAAAACACCCACAAUAUUCCAAAUGGCUUUUUAUUAAAGCAGUAUUUUUCAAUCACCUAUUUAUGUCCAACAGUCUUGCACUUGCAGUAUGUAAAUUCCAGGCUCAUGGGUAUCAAGGUGGAAGGGAGAGUUAGAGUUAAUGGCAAUUUUAGCCUUUACUGCCCUUGGAUUCAGUGUUGCUAUCAUCAAAAUGUUCUGGAGGAAAUAAUAACUAUAUCUAUAACCUAUAUGAGUUGGUUGGCAGUUAAAACUCAUCUUUAAAUUUUGUUACUAAUCAAAAGGAAUUGGUGUAGGUAUACGCUGUUUUUUCCCUUUUUUGCAGGCAUUAAGUUACUACCUUAAAUGUUCAAUAGUUGGUUAUUAUGGUUUAGUUUAUAUACUUAGCCAUGGUUCAUUCAGCACAUGAUUCAACCAGCCCAAGGGCCGGCAAUUUAACACCCCUGGUCUAAUAUCUGUAGAAACCUUUUAAAAAGGCAGAAUAACCUGUACAUUACGUGAUAAUAUAAGGCAUUAGUUAUGAUUUUUUUACAUGAAAGAUAGUGUGUUUUUGUCAUGAUUUUGCCAUCUUUGUCGUUCAUAUUCUUGUAAUUUUGGGCUAUGAAAUAAACAGUUGUAUCAGUGAUACAAGUAAUUCAGUCAGAUCUCAGAGACCUGACAGGGUUUUUUUUAACUGUAGGUUUGAGAAUAAGAAUUGUACCCAUGUGGAUAUUGAAUAAACUAGAAUAAGGGUA